AUGGCGGAGAUCCAGUUCAUCGUGGAUAAGCUCAACGAGCCCCCCUUCAGCAAAGAUCUGCGAUUGGUGACUUUCGACGAGAAAUCGCCGGCGGACCUUCUCCAGCAGCUGAACGAGAUCUUCACGGCGAUCGACCCGCAGCAGAUGUCGGAGCAGGACGAGCCCGGCGACGCGAGCACCACCCGCAUGAUGUCCUUCCUCGUCAUGCUCAAGUUCCCGAUACCGGAUCACGAGCGGGAGGGCUUUCGACGCGGGCUCGCAGUUGGAGACAAGGAAGUAGUCUACCCGGCCAUGCACUGGUGUCUGCAGCGGCUACCGCAGCUCAAGAAACGGGCCUACCUGGCCCGCUACCUCAUGCCGGUCGAGGUUCCGAUGGAGUUCAUGCAGGAUCAGGCGUUGAUCGAUUUGCACGAGUCUCACCGGCAGCUGCAGGCGGAGUUCAAGGCCACACACAAGCAGGUGGACCAGACCCGCAACACCGACCUCAGACCCGGGGAGCUUCGCACGGAGAUCGGUCAGCUCGAGGACGAGAAGAAGCAGCUGACGGAGAAGAUCUCCAAGCUCAAGGCCAACGUCUCGGAAGAGCCUGGGUUCGCGGAGAUGCUAGACGUGACGAGCAGGCUCCGGAAGGCCCAGGAGGAAAUGGCCGAGCUCGGCGCCAAGUCGAUCCAGCAGAGGGGCCAGCUCCACCAGGCCGAGACGAGGGCGGAGGACGCACGCCGCCGCCUGGGGGUGCUCCGACAGGGGACGGCGUCGGCUACGACCGCCGCGGCGGUGCUGGGCCAGCUGCAAAGAGAGGUCGCUGCGCUGGACAACAAGCUGACGCAGGUGCUUCCCACGGAGAUCGGUCAGAGGGCACGGAAGCUGGAGCAGCUGGAGCGCGAGGCCGCCGAGCCUCAGCGUUCGAGGGAGGACGUGCAAGAGAUGGAGCAGCUGGAGUACCAACUGCGGAGAGAGAACGAGCAAACGAGGCAGCAGAUCGAGAAGGCGCUAGCUGACAGGCAGCCGGCGGGGCUGGCGGCUAAGAAGCGCGCCGAGAAGGAGGGCGAGUGGGAGAGGCUGCAGGAGGAGAGGGCCAAGCUGGCCGCGGAGAUCGAAGACAAGGAGUCCAAGAUGGAGGGGCUCAACUCGGGCGGCCGGGGGGGCGGUGGAUCGAACGGCAUGUCGAAGGAAGAGCUGAGGCAGUACGGGGCUCUCCUUCGCGAGAAGACCCAGACGUACCUCAAGAUGAAGGCCGAGCUCGCGGCCACCCGGGCGGAGAGCGUUGUCUUGAGGAGGACCGAGCAGAUUCUCAAGGGCCGCGACGAGAACCUGGAGGAGUUCCUUGGGCAGAUGGAGGCGGAGAAGGGGGUUACGGGGUACCGCAAGGUCCACGCGGACCUCGUCGAGAAGUCGGAGCAGACGGCCAAGGCAAGGUUUAGGCGGAUCGCCGAAUACGGGAGACAGGAAGGGGGGCGAUCCAUAAGUAUUAAAUGA